ACAGUCGAAUUUCUGCAUUUUUUGAUUGGAGCGAACGCAAAGAGCACGGUGGAGCAGAAUUUUCGGUUUUUUGGAUACCUGUGCACUUUUAAAUAAAAAGUAAAGUGUUUAAAAUUAAUUAGCUGCAGAGUGUGCUAAAUAAAGUGAUCUUUCGGUAAAAUUAUGCAAUGAUGGACUUGCACUUAUUGGUUAUAAUCACCUGCGUCUUUCUCGCCUCUCUCUUGUCGCUUCUUUUUAUUAACAAAUUUUUCCGUCGCAAAACAUUCGAGGAGAUCGUUGCCGAAAAGAAGGCACUAACUGAUAAAAUUUAUGCUCAGAGCAAAGUCGCUAUAAAGAAGUCGAAAAAACAACAACCUACAAAGAAAGAUCUGAAACGUGAAAAGAAAAAGCUACAGCGUGAACAGCAGAAGGAAAAUACUGAGCAAGAGGACUCCGAUGCACAAUCCGAACAGCCAUCCGUGGAGGAUGAGCCUCAGGGCUUAUCUAAAUCUCACGUUGAAUUCGAUCCAGAUCCAGAAGUGAUUGUUGGCGCUACACCAGAAGCUGUAAGACGCUCUAGUAUGGCUGAGCGAGAGAAAGAGAAUUUAAGUGGUGGCAACUCGAAGCAGAAAUCGAAGAAGGAAAAGAAGGGCAAGUCAUCGGGUAUUUUGGUCAACAAGAAUGAGCCGGUAGUAGUGCGUGAGAAUUUGGUGAUCGAGGAGCCCGCAAAUACGUUCGAAGCGAAACAACCCAAGGAUAUACUUGAGUUAAAGAAGCAUGAGAAGAAGGAUACUAACAAGAAGGAGAAGAAUGUCAAGAAAGAAAAAAAUGUCGCAGUUGAAAAACCAGUUUCAGUAGUUGUUGAACAGCAACAACAGCCAGUAGUCGAACCCAUUGCACAUGCGCAUGUGGCUAAGGAGCUGAAACAGCAGGAUGAUAAGACUCGUCAAGGUUCACCGAAGACGCAUGCAGCACAAAACGGUAGCGGCAGCAACAAAACCACCAAGCAGCAAAACAAAAAGCAGAACAAAGAAACUGCCGCCACCAAAGAGUUAGUACUUGCACUUGAUAAGCUCUCCGAAUCUGAUACGAUUGGCGUUUCGUUGCUCAUGAAUCUCUUCCGCCGUGCUGAACUCAAUCGUUCAGAGAUCCAGAUCCUUAUCGAUUAUCUACUAAAUAAGCAGCAGGACACACCCGCAACACACUCGGAGUGGUCUGAUGAUAUAUGCCAGAAAUUGAAACGUCAAUUGGAAGAAAAAGAAAAGGCCUUAGCCGAAGAACAGGAAUCUUCUAUGGGAAUACAGGCCAAAUUGCGUGAAUUACGCACGGAAAUCAAUGCUGAACGCGCACAGUUGAAUGCCACGGUCAAGGUAUAUGUUGAUAAAAUCCAGUCCAAGGAGCAAGAAAUAACCGCACUCAAUCAGGAAAUGCAAGUUUUGAAUGAUAAAUUCGCUCAGGAGCGCAAACAAUUCCAGGCCAAGCUUCUACUUGAGAAACAAAGCGGUUCACAAGAUUUGUUCGCACAACUGCAACGCAUUCAAAGCGAGUUGGGGCACAAGGACAAAUGUAUCAAUGAUCUGACUUGCUUGGUGAACGCAUGUAACCAGGCAAACGAAGAGCUUAAACAGCAAGUAAGUCUCCUCGAACAGCAACGCGAAGAACUCGAACAAAUCUCGAAUAAUCGUAUUUUUGAACUAGAAAAAGCAAAAGCCCUUGAAAUCGAAAACGCCGAAUGUAAACUAGAAUUACAUAAUUUGCAAAACGCGCACGAAUCGGUCAAGACCGAUUUGGCGCAAGCACGCCAAGAACUCGAAACGUCUGCGGCGCGAAACACUGAAUUGGCAGGCAAUCAAAACCAGUUGGUUGCAUUGCAGUUAAAGAACGAUGAGCUGUUGCAGCAAUUGGCCGGUAUCAAUAGCAAAGCAGUGGAGCAGUCCAUGGAGCAAUCUGGUUUGCAAUCAACACUCGAUGCACUCAAGUCGCAAUUGGCCGACAAGGAAAACCAAUUGGCUGAUUUUAAUGCAAAAAAUUCUGUUUUGCUACAGCAAUUGAAAGGAUUAGAAAUGCAAACGCAACUUAAUACACAAAACCAUUAUGAUUUGCAGAAGUUUAUUGAGACUUUGCAACACGAUGUCGCAAAUAAGCACCAACAAUUGCAACAGGUCGAACAGACGGUGGAGAAACUAAGCAGCCGAGAAAAGGAGCUCCUGCAGCAGCUACAUGAGCAAAAGGAAAAGAAUGAUGAUUUGCGUAAAAAAAACUGGAAGUUGGUUGAAGCUUUGCAAAGUGCUGAAACAACAGCUAGACAAAAUAAAGCGCCUACAAGCGCAAAUGCAAGCUUAGUUCAACAGCAGCAACUUUUCGCCGCUUCACAAAAGCAGCAAUCCUCCGCCACAGCCAAUGCCGCAGCAGUUUCCUCUAAUGAGGAGAAGCAUGUGCGCGAAAUAUUCCAGCGUCUAUACCCAGAGGCCGUUAAUGCUUGUGCCAGCACAGCGCUCAGUGCAUCUUUCGAACAGUGGGUGGAACAGAUUUUAGCCACACAACUAAAAUUGGCAGCAGCUAGUAAAGCUGCUGGCAGCAGUUUCAACAAAUCUACACAAUCAAGCAGCAGCAACAGUAGUAGCGUUAAUCACACCCCUUCAACCCACAUAAAUAACAAUUCACAUAAUGAUAACUUAACAAAUAAUAGCAAUAAUCGUAUCAGUAAUAAUAGUAGUGAGGAAGGCGGCAGUAGUGGUGGUGGUGGCAACGAUGACGAUGCCGGUGAGCUACGUCUGCAGAAUACUCAGCUCCGCGCCAAGGUGGAUGAGUUAACAAAACUUGUUACAAAAACUAGCAACACAUUGUCAGCUCUUGAAGGACACGCUCGCCAAGAACAUGAGAAAUGGCAAAGCAUUUUGUUAUCAAAGGAAGAAGAAAUUUCCAGGUUACAGCAUUCAAAUGGAGCGCAGGACAUUUAAUGUCGCAUAAUUGAAGUUUGUUUAAGCGUUAAAGUAAAAUGCAGUUAAGAUGUAAUGCCUUCCAAAAAAACAACAAAACGUUUAAAAAAUAUUGAAACAACAGCAACAGCAUACUACUCACCCAAAAAGCCGGACAGCCAAGCAAUAAAUACCAAGUAUGAAUUGCAUGACUUAUGCCAAUUGCAUGGGCCACAAGCGAAGCGGAAAUUAAUGAAAAUGCUUGCCGAUUUUGCAAUCAAAGGAGUUAGUUAACAUUGAAUUGCAGAAUAAAUUGCAGCAAGCAAGCACGCGAGCCUUUGUUCGAGCGAGAGGAAAUAGUAAAUAACAAACAGCAGCAACAUGAAACAUUCUAAACUUAUGUUACAGUGCAUAAAAGAAGCAAAAGAUAUUAGAAAACAUAAAGUAAAUCUACAAAUAUAAACAAUAAUAAUAAGCGUGAAUAAAUAUUAAAAAAAAAAACAAUAACAACAAAAAUAAUAAUUUUUAGUUUAAGCCUAAAA